UGCCAAGAACUAUACAGUUCUGUUUUUCACCAUGCAUAAGCGAAUAUCAUUUUUUGAAAUUCUUCACAAGGUACACAGUUUUGAAAGAUUACACCGGUGAUGUUUUGUUAAAUUUAGGUGAACCAGUGUACAGGUUUAAUGUUGGAUUAAAAUGUGUAAGUAAAACUUCGGAAAAACACAUAUUCUUUAUUACGCUCAAUUACAACACUUUUCAUCCACUCCUAACAUUAUCACCUUGUUUAUUUACAUUGCUCGAUUGGUACCCUCGUUUGACACUGAUUUGGUUCCUUUGGUUUCAUCUUUGCGGGACUCUUAAACAUAGACUCUGGUAUUUUCGUUACUCGUUGGACAAUGGACAUUUGCAUAAGUGUUGGUGUUUGCAUAUCGCACGUGCAUUUUGUUUUGGUUAUUAGGAAACUGUCGAAACGAUAACGAAAGGAUGCCAUAACCAUAAGAUCGAGCGUUGUAAAGUUGCUGUUAUUCUGUUAAAAUGUUUGACGAUCCUGAUAGCUCGGAGGAGGAAUCCCCGUUUCCUGAUAACGAUUCCUGUGAAAUCAACGUACUAAAGCAACUUUUUAAAACCAACAAUCACAAGAGUUACGAAAUUUCAUCAUCGUCAAGCCGCGCAUGCGGGCUCCAUUUGUCCCUAUCCAACGACAGUAGCUCUUUGGCAGUUGGUUUAUCUAAAAAACAAGUCCAAAUUUAUCAUAUGUCAACUAACGGCGAAUUAACUUUGAACAAUACACACUGCAGUAAUAGUGCAGUUCGAGGCGUCCGAUUUUUCAAUGAAAACUCCAAUUUAUUCAUGACCUGUUGGAUAGAUGGAACUGUAACGUUGUUUGAUUCACGGGUAAAUAAACCGGUUACCACGUUUGAAGAUUGUUCGGAAGGUGCGAAAAAAACUACAACAUCUUUCGAUAUAAAUCAAAACGAUCGUGUAAUUUGCGCCUCUACGGAUAUUCAAGAAUCUGGCGAUAGUUUCCUACUAUUCUAUGACGUGCGAGAACGUGCUUUUCUUGGCAGUUACUGGGAAUGCCAUAGCGAAGAUAUAACUAACGUCCGUUUCCAUCCAACUAAUCCGGAUUUACUAGCUAGUAGUAGUGUCGAUGGACUUGUAAAUGUAUUUGAUAUUUCACAAUCCUGUGAAGAUGAUGCAUUACAGUAUUGUUUUAACGUAGAAAAUUCCGUCGAAACAUUUAGUUGGCAUUCUAGUCCUACAAAAAAAGAUUGGAUAUCAUGCAUAACGACCACAAAUGAUUUCCACUUAUUUGAUGUUGAAAACCAAGAUCAUGAAGUUAUGUUCAGUAGAGAACAAAUUACCUCGCUAAUUCAAAGAACCUCGCCGAUUGACUGCAAUGUAGUUGCUGCGCAUAACGAUGAACCUUCAGGUUUUUUUCUACUUGCUGGUUCCAACUAUAACAAAGGGGAGUGUCUUCGAACACUCAAAUACGAUAAUGAAUGCUUUUCGCCGCAUUUGAACUUACAACACAAUAACCAAAUCGUGAGAGCCAGUAUCUACAAUGAAAAGGAAAAAUAUCUGAUAACUACUGGCGAGGGUGGACUAAUUACAGUGUGGCGUUGUGAAAUACACGAGGAAACAGAAUCAAGUAAAGCUACUAAGCGAAAAUCGCACAUUACUGGUUAUCGAAAGAAGCCGUAUUAAGACGACAUUGUACUCGAGCUAAAGAAAGGCUGACUUUGUUGCUUUCGACAUGUUGAAUCUUUAUUAGUGUGAAAUCAUUGCGGUAUGAGUCAUUGUAGAUAUUAUGCGGAACGUGAGAAACAUAAAGUUCAUAACGUGUA